GAUUCUAUGAAACCAGGUAUACCUGGAGGGGAGGAUGGCGAAGGACUGGGGGGCUGAUGAAGAGGUAGAGAAGGACAGAGCAGAUGAAGAAGUGGGGAAGGAUGGACCAGAAUACAGAACAGUGCUGGAAACCACCUACAAGAAUGCAGGCGAAGAAACUUUGCGCUCAAUGAGCCCCUGGGACAGCGGGAGCAGAGCAGCCAGCUCCAGCCCUUUGCACCGUGCCCUGGAAAAGCUUCCACACCAGCAGCCAUCACUCUUCCAUGCCAGAAGGUCCCCAUGGGCGGGCGGCUGGGCUGGCCGGGUGGAAGAACAGCAGACAAAAGUCUGCCGUGUUUCCAUCCUGCGUCAAGAGCUGCAAGCACCUUUGUUUUGGGGAAAGGUUUGAACAGGUUUUGACAAACACAAGAUAACGCCCCACCACGGUGACGUUUGGGUCACUCCUCUCUUUGCUGCGAUAAGAGCUGUCCUUUUAUUGGAUGAUAACGUUUUGGUCUUGCUAUCGAAGGCACGCGUUGCUCUAUUCUCAGCUGAGCAGCUUGCUAAGGGCACAGACUCCUCAAAAUCCUUGUGGCCCAAAAUACAAAGAAACCCUUGAAGCUGGGGGUGUGCGUGGUAAUGGAAAAUGGAGGUCAACAGAUAAGGGGGGGUCACUGCUUCCCGGUAUAAAACCAGGGAGUCUGGGCAGCUCAGCCCAUCCGCUGCGGUCUCCCCAAGGGUGUGUGCAGACCAGUGGACAACUCCUGCACCAUGAAGUGGCUCGUCCUGGCCCUGCUGUGCCUCCAGCUCUCGGAGGGGCUGGUGAGAAUCAAACUGAAGAAAGCCAAGUCUAUACGGGAGAAAAUGAGGGAGGCCGGGGUGCUGGAGGACUACCUGAAGAAAAUUAAAUAUGAUCCAGCUCAGAAAUACCGCUUCAGUGAGGACUAUGUUGUGCACGAGACAAUAACCAACUACCUGGAUUCCUUCUACUUUGGGGAGAUCAGCAUUGGGACCCCCCCGCAAAAUUUCCUGGUGCUCUUCGACACCGGUUCCUCCAACCUGUGGGUGCCCUCCACCUACUGCCAGACGCCAGCCUGCGGCAAUCACAGAAAAUUCAAUCCCAGUGAGUCCUCCACCUUCACCUACAACGGCCAGUCCUACACCCUCUCCUACGGCAGCGGGGACCUCACGGUGGUGCUGGGCUACGACACGCUGCAGAUCCAGAGCAUCGCGGUCACAAACCAGGAGUUCGGGCUCAGCACGAGCGAGCCAACCCAGCCUUUCUACUAUUCCGAUUUUGAUGGGAUCCUGGGAAUGGCCUACCCCUCGCUGGCAGUCGGAGGGAUGCCCACCGUGCUGCAGGGCAUGCUGCAGCAGAACCAGCUCUCCCAGCCCAUCUUCAGCUUCUACUUCUCACGUCAACCUACCUACAGCUACGGGGGAGAGCUCAUUCUGGGAGGUUACGACACUCAGCUCUUCUCUGGGAACAUUACGUGGGCACCGGUGACCCAGGAGCUGUACUGGCAGGUCGCGAUUGAUGAGUUUGCUAUUGGGCAGUCAGCGACGGGCUGGUGCAGCCAGGGCUGCCCGGACACCGUGGACCACGGGCAUACGGUGCCCAGGAUGUACAUGGACAGCUUCCUUCAGGCCAUGGGUGCCCAGCAGACCAGCUAUGGUUAUACAGUUAACUGCAAUGAGAUCGAGAACUUGCCCACCAUCACCUUCGUCAUCAGCGGCACUCAGCUCCCGCUCCACCCCUCUGCCUACGUCUCUAACGAAAACGGCUACUGCACUCUGGGGAUUGAGGAAACCUAUGUGCCUUCCUCGAAUGGGCAGCCGCUCUGGAUCUUGGGUGACGUCUUCCUCAAGGAGUAUUACACCAUCUUUGACAUGGCCAACAACCGUGUGGGCUUUGCCUCAUCGGCGUAG